AUGUCCAUCCUAUCCCGUAAAAAAGAUCUCCUCUACCUAACCUUCUUCCUAAUCCACAUCCCCGUAAUGUUCUGCGUGGACCUCACACCCCUCUACCCAGAAUCCCUAAAGCCAACCUUCAUGACCACCCUCCGAACCUGGUACAUCCAAACCUACCGCGAUCAAUUCUUCGUCUCUCCUCCCGCCUGGUUCGAUUUAUACAUGUACAUGGAACUGCUCUACCACCUUCCCCUUUCCACCUGGGCGAUAGGAGCUCUACUACGCGAUGACCCAAAAGUCCCCAUCCACCUCCUAAUCUACGCCGUACAAACCGCAAUCACAACAGCAACUUGCAUCGCAGAUUUCCUCUCCUGGAACAAUCUCAGCACCGACGAGAAGAUGGGUCUGGGACAGCUCUAUGGGCCUUAUAUUGCGCUUUGUAAGUCCUCUUCCUUCGUCAUAUCGUACAACGCCAGUCACAUCUAA